AUGGCAAUUGUCAAAGACGAAAGACAAAGGGUGUUGCAAGCAUAUCGGUCACUCUUCAUCGGGGAAAACGCAUUAAUUCGAAAGAAAAAGGCAAUAAUUAGGAGAAUUGGGUCUCUUAAAUGUCCUGAUACUGGUUUGGUUGCAGAACUGGGUCAGGAGAAAAUUGUGGACAUCUUGCAAUCUCUGUUAACGGACGAUGCCUUCGCCUCUAAACCUACAGCCAAAGUUUCCCCAAGCCCAAACCUGCUUCAUCCUACAAUAUCAGACCCUGCGAGCCCAGAGGAGCCGAGCUGUGAUAAGAAAGAGCUGGGCAAAGGUGAUCCUUGUGAGGGUACAGAGGAAAGUUUGGUGGAUGUGAACCUCGACGAGCCUUCUUCUAAAAAUGAAACUACAAGCAAAGCUCCUUCCGACAGUACCCCGAAAGAUUUCUUUCAUGCACCAUUCCAAGUACAACAUCUAAUUCUGACGAAAACUCAGACCCUGCUCGAGCAGGCAUGCUUCGACUUUGCGCUUAAAUGGGCCCCUGAGCUAAUAUCAAAGGAAAUGUGGGACUGCCCAGAGGCCAUCGAGCUGAGUAAAUGGACCUUGGCCUUGAGCAAAGUCGUCAAUAAGAUUCCUAUCGGCGCCUUCAAUACAGCAGACUAUGCGAAUAUACAAGAAAUCAUCCACUCUGGGUAUGAGCUUCGGAACAUUGCCGUCCAUCGUCAGCGGGUGAGCCUUCAAAAGCUUGACGAUAUGAUGCAGAAUGCCGUUCGGUUCCUGAGAGCAAUCAGUGAUGAGACCAGAGAACUCCAGCUCUCCAACGUGCAUGCGGUAAUGAGCGUAUUUAUGUGGUCGUUAGGAUCCCGAAGACAGAUUAUCGCGGCCCAGUUUCAGAAUGAACUUGGGGAAAUACAGCGCCUUCGUGAGGUUCUGGAUGUAAAAGAAAAGGAGGUUGAGGAUGCCAUGAGAAAAGCGAAUGCAGAAGUUAAUGAUCUAACUAGAUAUAUGUUGGAGCAUUCGCUACAGGGAAUAUUCGGCGGAAAAGGUGGUCUUGGAAGGUAUUCGAGAUAA